AUGGGCUUCUUCUACAGCCAAUUCUUCAAGAAACCAGGCUAUCCCAAAGCCUCGUUUGCCGGAAAGACAGUGAUCGUGACUGGUGCCAACACAGGCCUCGGAAAAGAAGCAGCCCGCCACUUCGUCCGGCUGGGUGCCAGCCGCCUGAUCAUAGCGGUGCGCAGUCUGGACAAGGGCCAUGAUGCCAGGCGCGACAUUGAGACCACAACCAGGUGCGGCAAGGGGCUCAUCCAGGUCUGGGAGCUCGACAUGGCCAGCUACGAGAGCGUGAAGCGCUUCGCAGCGCGGGUGACGGCGGAGCUGGACCGCGUCGAUAACGUCAUCGCCAAUGCCGCCCUGGCCAGCUUCUCCUACAACACCGCUGAGGGCAACGAGCUGCAGGUCACCGUCAAUGUCAUCUCGACCUUCCUCCUGAUGGCGCUCGUCAUGCCCAAGCUCAAGGAGACCGCCGCCGUCUUCAACACCCGGCCUGUGUUCACCAUGGUGUCCUCCGACGCACACACCCACACGACAUUUUCUCAGGGGGCUGCCCCAGAGGGCAAGAUCCUCGACACUGUGAAUGACAAGAACGUGUGGUCGAAGCACCAGGCCGAGCAGUACCCUGUGUCGAAGCUGCUGGGCCUCUUCACCCUCCGCGCCAUCGCUGAGAAGCACCCGGCGCCGCUGUUUCCUGUCACCAUCAACGCGGCGAACCCGGGUCUGUGCCACUCAGCACUCUCCAGGGAGGCUGCCGGGUCCCAGGCCGUCUUCUUCUUCUUUUUCAAGCUAUUCGUUGCCCGGAGCACCGAGGUCGGCAGCAGGACGGAGGUGAACGCCGCCGCUGCCGGGGUGGAGACGCAUGGCCAGUAUUUGGUGGACAAUUGUGAAAUUGGAAGCCUGACGCCGCUGGUUACGGGUAACAAGAAGCUGCAGGACCGCGUGGCUGCUGAGGUGUUUGCAAGGUUGGAGGUCAUCGAGCCGGGUGUCACCAAGAAUUUCUGA